AUGAGCCUCCAGUCCUCGGAAGGCUGUCCUGGCCUGGGAACUGAUGUAUUUGUCCCACAGAGCCCACAAAAGGAUGAAGGCAGCAGGUCAGGAAGAAAUUUCAGUGAGGUCAAGGAUACACAGGACCCGGAAACUCCCGAUCUCCCACCUUUCCAUGCCACGGCUCGUUGGGGCUCUCAGGACGGGCUGUCUCCAUGCCACCUGUUGACAGUGCGGGUCAUCCGGAUGAAAAAUGUCCGGCAGGGUGAUAUGCUGAGCCAGACAGACUGUUUUGUGAGCCUCUGGCUGCCCACUGCCUCUCAGAAGAGGCUGAGGACAAGGACCAUCUCCAACUGCCCAAACCCAGAGUGGAAUGAAAGCUUCAACUUCCAGAUCCAGAGCCAAGUGAAGAACGUGCUAGAGUUGAGUGUGUGUGAUGAAGACACAGUGACACCAGAUGACCAUCUCUUGACAGUUCUCUAUGACCUCACCAAGCUCUGUUUCCGAAAGAAAACCCACGUGAAGUUUCCUCUCAACCCACAGGGCAUGGAAGAGCUGGAGGUGGAAUUCCUGCUGGAGGAGAGCCCCUCUGCACCCGAGAACCUCGUCACCAAUGGCGUGCUGGUGUCUCGACAAGUCUCCUGCCUGGAGGUUCAUGCACAGUACAGGAGGUGGAAGAAGAGGGAGAAAACAAAGAACCUCCUGGUGAUGGUGAGCGAGUCCUUUGAGAACACCCAGCACGUCCGGCCCUGCUCGGACCCCUGCAGCCCAACCUCUGCCUGCUUCCACUACCCUAAGUACUUCCAGUCCCGGGUGCACGUGGAAGUGCCCAAGAGCCACUGGAGCUGUGGGCUUUGCUGCUACGGCUCUCGCAAGAAUAGCCCUAUCAGCCAGCCCCUCGACUGCCUUUCGGAUGGUCAGGAGAUGACCCUGCCUGUGGACAAGAGUUAUGAAUUACACGUGAAGUCUACACCCUGCCCUGAAACACUGGACGUGCGGCUGGGCUUCAGCCUGUGCUCAGAAGAGCUGGAGUUUCUGCAGAAGCGGAAAGUGGUGGCGGCCAAAGCCCUAAAGCAGGUGCUGCAGCUGGAGGAGGAUCUGCAGGAGGAUGAGGUGCCGCUGAUAGCCAUCAUGGCCACUGGGGGUGGAACAAGAUCCAUGACCGCCAUGUAUGGCCACCUGCUGGGGCUGCAGAAGCUGAACCUCCUGGACUGUGCCAGCUACAUCACUGGCCUGUCGGGGGCAACCUGGACCAUGGCUACCUUGUACCGUGACCCUGACUGGUCCUCCAAAAACCUGGAGCCGGCUAUCUUCGAGGCCCGGAGACACGUGGUAAAGGACAAGCUACCCUACCUGUUUCCAGACCAGCUCUUCAAAUUCCAGGAGGAGCUGCGGCAGCGCAGCCAGGAAGGCUACAAGGUCACCUUCACCGACUUCUGGGGCCUGUUGAUAGAGGCCUGCCUGGGGGACGAGAGAAAUGAAUGCAAACUGUCAGAUCAGCGUGCUGCUUUGAGCUGCGGCCAGAACCCCCUGCCCAUCUACCUCACCAUCAAUGUCAAGGAUGAUGUAAGCAACCAGGACUUCAGAGAGUGGUUCGAGUUCUCCCCCUAUGAGGUGGGCCUGCAGAAAUACGGGGCCUUCGUCCCCUCUGAGCUCUUCGGCUCCGAGUUCUUCAUGGGGCGGCUGAUGAAGAGGAUCCCAGAGUCUCGAAUCUGCUACAUGCUAGGCUUGUGGAGCAGCAUCUUCUCCCUGAACCUGCUGGAUGCCUGGAACCUGUCACACACCUCGGAGGAGUUUUUCCACAGAUGGACAAGGGAGAAAGUGCACGACAUCGAAGACGAGCCGAUCCUGCCUGAAAUCCCCAAAUGUGAUGCUAACAUCCUGGAGACCACGGUAGUAAUACCGGGGUCAUGGCUCUCCAAUACUUUCCGAGAAAUCCUCACCUACCGGUCCUUUGGGUCCGAGUUUCACAACUUCCUGUCUGGGCUGCAGCUGCACACCAACUACCUCCAGAAUGGCCAGUUCUCCAAGUGGAAAGACACAGUGCUGGAUGGUUUCCCGAACCAGCUGACCGAGACCGCGAACCACCUGUGCCUGCUGGACACAGCGUUCUUUGUCAACUCCAGCUACCCGCCCCUCCUUAGGCCAGAGCGAAAAGUCGACCUCAUCAUCCACCUCAACUACUGUGCCGGGUCCCAGACAAAGCCCCUGAAACAAACGAGUGAGUACUGCAGCAUGCAGAACAUCCCCUUCCCCAAAUUCGAGCUGCCAGAUGAUAAUGGAGACCUCAAGGAAUGCUACCUGAUGGAGAACCCCCAGGAGCCCGAUGCCCCCAUUGUGACUUUCUUCCCACUCAUCAAUGACACUUUCCAAAAAUACAAGGCACCAGGUGUAGAGCGAAGCCCCGAGGAGCUGGAGCUCGGCCAGGUGGAUAUUUAUGGUCCCAAAACUCCCUAUGCCACCAAGGAGCUGACGUACACGGAGGCCACCUUCGACAAGCUGGUGAAACUCUCCGAGUACAACAUCCUGAAUAAUAAGGACACGCUCCUCCACGCCCUGCGGCUCGCAGUGGAGAAGAAGAAGGGGCUGAAGGGCCGGUGUCCCUCCUAGCCCCCGCCCAGGGAGCCUCCCCCGCCCUGUGUCAGCUUCUACCGCCAGAGGCACAGGACCCAUCAGGGCCAACCAGGUUACUACAAAGCCAGCUCUGCUCUCUGACGACAGGGUUGCGAGCAGGUUG